AUGAUUGAUGACGAAGAGCUCCCGCGCCACCCGCUACGGCUCGUCCCCUGGAACAGCAGUUCGAUGGACGAUGGUAAAGUCUUGACUGAUCCCGAAGGCGUGGCGAUGGCAACAGCGUUUAUGAAAAAGUCACGUGAAAAGUGGGAGGCGGGGAAAUCGCUUCGGUCUGCGCCAGUACUGGACGAUCUCGAGCGAGUGGCACGGGAGAUCAAGGAGAAGGCCAGCUUGUUAGGUGGCUCGGACAGCUUCAGCAGUUUUAUUGGCUGUGACUCAGAGUCGCAGACGGCAUUUCGAAUACGUUCCCAGCAGUCGUGGCGCAAACAGCGCCAGUCGUUGAUGGAGGAAGCUGCGAAAAUAGGCGGAGCAGAAGGGUUUAUGCAAGCAGAGACAGACAGCGUGGAAUCGAGUCUGGCAGAAAAGUUGCUGCAGAGAGGCUACGGAUUGGACUCUAGUCCGACUAAAGAGAGCGUAGGGAACUGGAGUGUACCUGGUAGCAGCUCGAAUGACGAUAAGAGCGACGGGAUUGUGCUGCCUCGAGCGUCUCAUGAUGCGUUCAGGAAUCGGUUGGUGGAGUUUUACACCAAGUACAAUCCCGACAAGUUAACUAGUAUCGAUCGGACGCUCGAAACGUAUCGUGGUCGUGAAGACGAGCUGUUUCGGAAACUAGCAAGUCGAUAUGUGGAUGGCGCUAGCUUGAGUCUGCAAGAACGCAAGAAGGGCUGCAUCACGAAGGACAGCGAUCCCAGUGUUUACAUGGACAUCUCGAUAGCUGGAGUUCGCGCCGGCAGAAUCGUCAUGCGUCUACUAAAGGACGAAACUCCGCUUGCUUCGGAGAACUUUCGCUGCUUGUGCACAGGCGAAAAGGGUGGAAUGCUUAGUUUUAAAGGCUGCAAGUUUCACCGCAUCAUCAAGAACUUUGUGGUCCAGGGUGGAGACUUCACAACAGGUGACGGUACUGGCGGCCAAAGUAUCUACCGCGGUACUUCGCACGGGGAUCUUUGGGGAAACUUUAAGGAUGAACGGUUCCUACCUCACGACGACGUCGGGCUGCUGUCAAUGGCCAAUGCAGGCAAGGACACAAACGGCUCGCAGUUCUUCAUUACCACGAGAGCAGGUCUGAAGAAUCUGGAUGGCAAGCAUGUGGUCUUUGGCGAGGUCAUUCAUGGGCUAGAUGUCGUAGACGCGAUGCAGAACGUGAAGGUGAGCCCGAGCAACAGCUGCCCUCUCUCCGAAAACGAAGUUGCAGUGAUCGAUUGCGGAGAACUCUAG